CUUGCAGACAUGACGGAUCCCAACAGCAUCACGGCGGCGGCUGGGAAGGUGCGGAAGGAGGUGGGAAGCGCCGGCCUCAACCUCCUGAUCAACAACGCCGGCGCCGUGCGCCGCAGCACGCUGACCACCGAGACGGCGGAAAGCAUGACCCUCGUCUACGCUGCCAACACCAUCGGGCCCCUGCUGACAAGCCAGGCGUUCCUACCCCUGCUGAAGGAGGCGGCCGAGGCUGAAGGGCAGCGCGGGAUGAGCUGCAGCAGAGCCGCCAUCGUCAACAUCUCCAGCAUCCUGGGAUCCAUUGAGGUGGUGGAGGCUUGGGAGGAGAGGCAGGACAUCUGCUACCGCUGCAGCAAG